UCCCUUACCGAGCGUGCCGGCGACCUAGUUACAAACUGCAGCCACCGGCCUGACCUCCCACGCCGGUAUCCCCGUAACCGCGCGACCUCAGCUUCGCUCUUCCAAAACCCGGACAGCCCUCCCGGGCCCUUCAAACCCUACCGAAACACGCGAACGAACGAUCAACCUUCCCCCCGCAAACAAUGGGCUACCUCCUCUACAGCCUAAUCUUCCUCGUCCUGCUCUCGGGCACGGCGCUCUUCGUCACGCGCGCCCGCUGGCUGCCGGCGGCGCAGGAGUCCCUCGCGCAGCUGCGGCGCCCGCGCUUCCCCGGCAGCGACUACCUGUACUCGCGGCUGGGGCCCGCGCCGCCGGGCUCGUUCGAGGACGACAUGGAGGCCGGCCUGUCGUCGGCGACCUUCGACCUGACGGGCAACGUCGAGGGCGGCGACGGCCGGGCGGGCCUGGACGACGCGGCCAAGCGGGAGAUCCUCAAGAUCAUGAAGAAGCGCCGGCUCAAGUUUGACGAGGCGCGCAGGGUCUACAUGGAGCAGCGGUUCAGGGAGAACGGGAUCGGGCCGGAUGGGCGGCCGCGGGAUCCGAAGUUUGUGAGCUUUUCUUAGUUGGCUUGGAAGGGGGGAAGCAACGGCCUUGUCCUUUCCUUCUUGCGGAAUGCUUGCUUCGAAACUUUGGAGGGUGGGAUUGUUGGGUGUGGCGAGGCGCCAACCAGUCUG